CAGGCAGACCCGAAUGCCCAAGAUUGAUAGCAUAUGGAAUAUUCUAUUGUGAAAAUUUAGAAAACUGAUCUUGCUUCCAAGCCCCAUUGUCUAUUUCAGGUAAACCUUUCCAUUAAGGAAAGUCCGAAUCAAUCAGAGUUGGAAGCUUAACUGACCAGUUUAAAAACUCGUUCUGUCAUUAGUGGCUCACACUUUACAAUCCCAGGCGCUUUAGUUUGUGUGUUCAAAACUAUACCAAUUCAAAACAUUGUGUUUUAAAUAUAGCAUAUAUAUUUUUUUUUUCCUUAAGGGAAUAUUUGGAGAGGGAACAAAUAAACAUGUGGAACAACUCUUCUUGCCUCCAUCCAAGAAAAUUUUCUGCAAUUGGCCUGCCUAUAAUUUACUCUAUAAUGUUUGUAGUCAGUGUUUCUGGAAAUCUGGUCUGUCUCUGGAUAUUCACCAAAUUUAUAAGUAGGAAAACAUCAACGCAUAUCUAUUUAAUCAAUCUUGCCAUUUCAAAUGUCCUGGUUUCUGCUGGAAUGCCCUUUCAAGUCGCUUAUUAUCUGAAAGUCCAAUAUAUGCCUUAUAAUUCUACAGAAUGUCGCUUUUUAACCCAAGCUGGAACCCUUUUAACUUACAGCAGUAUGUGUGUGAGCAUUACCCUUUUGUGUUGGAUUGCCAUCAGUAGGUAUGCCACCUUAGUAAAACAUGAUGAUAUGAUGCAGAGUGUAAAGCAAACACCUUAUGAGAAAAUCCUAUUUGGAAAGUUCCUAAAGUCCUUUCGUAAUCCUAUAUUUGCCCGCUAUCUUUGCAUUGGUGUAUGGAUAGCAAUCGCAUGUCCAAAUGUUUGUCUUGCAACAAUUAACACUGAUAAUGCUUCAAACAAACUUUGCUUUAACGAAGAAGUUGAGAUCGGGAAAGCACACAUGGUCAUCUCUUCAAGAGUUCAAGUAGCUUUUUUUUUCUUGUUUGUACUGACAGUAAUACUAUUUUACUGCUUUUUCAUUCACUAUUUAAAGACGCUGCAAGCAAACAGCUGCAUUGAUGGAAAAUUUCUGAUAUACAGAAAAGUAAAAAAAAACAUUGUAGUCAUAAUGGCGUUACUACUCAUCUGCUUUGCACCAUACCAUUUUGCAAAGCUUUUCAUUUAUGAACUUGUAUCUUUUAAAAAUUGUCAACUACUGAAUAUUUCUGUGGAGAUGAAAAAUAUUUUUCUCUGUCUUGCUGAAUUUAGAAGUUGUUGUGAUCCUAUUAUGUAUUUGUGUCUAGAUGAUACUUUCAAGAGAAAUUUCCAAACUCUUUUUAAAAAGAAAGCAGAAGCUCAACCACAGGCAACAAACAUAACACCAUUCUGAAUAAUAUUAAACAUCAGCAUACCUCCCAACAUUUCGGAAAUAAAAAGAGGGUCAAAAAAAGUUACCGCACAUAGCUUGUCGAAACAUUUCUCGACAACGCCCAUUUUGUGGACACAACCCCUAAUUACCAUGUUCAUUUUACUAAAUUUGCCAGGUUAUGAAAGUCUGAAAA